AUGUUGUGGAUGUUGUGGACGGCGCGUAUUUCACAGUGGUCGACGAGACGCUAAACAUUUGAUAUCGUUUAUAACUUCAGCCUUCAAAAUGACAAGCAUUAGACACCAGAAUUUCCGCAGCUUUUUAACUGAACGCUUUACUUCCGCGGCGGUGGACAUUUUUGGAGAAGUUGAAGCUAUUGUGGAGGCUUACUACGAGGAAAACAAACGUCUGCGGGAUAUCCUGCACAUGGUGGUCAACCCCGAGAUAAAGAUACCGAGGAUAGAUGAUAUUCAACACACCGGGAUAUCUACAGGCAUUGGACAUGGGCCCUCUGAGCAGACCGGGAGUGUGAGCAUGGCAAUAUCAAAUCCAUUGCCGUUAAAUCCUAAAGAAGAGCAAAUAGAAUAUGACAUAGGUCAGGGAUCAACCAAUCGACAAGUUCUGGAGGAAGCUGAUAAUCUUAUUAUAUCAGAUUGGGUUAAAAAUGACCCCGAUGCAGAAGACUUAAAUAUGCAGUCCACUGACUCGUAUCAUGUUCAAGAAGUGGAGGUUAACCAGGAAAGUUCAGCCACAAUCUCAGUGGAUGAAGGGAAUAAUGACGAUCCCCUUUCCUCACCGGACUCCGAUGAUUACCAACAGCUAUCCAUGAGCGAGGAAAGCUCAAGUGAAAGUGUGGAAUCUCAAAAACACAAUAAAAAGAAAAGGAUAGAGAAGAGGCGCUCCCUGCAGAAAACCGUGCUAGAAAUGCCAAGGAUGAUGCCCUACAAAUCUCUUAUUCCUACCCCAGCUGACUGCCACUCUUUUUUGGCAAGGCUAACUGAAGCCUACAAGGACUUCCCUGAUGAUCAAAAACCUCUGAUAACAAAAAUGGGCCUCACUGAGAAUUUUGAAUCAGUGGACUGUGCUUUUGGAAAAGUCCCAAAGGGUUCCCCAUUGUCGUAUCAGUGCCCUUUGCCUUCAAGCAAGGAUUAUCAGAUUCAUGAUGACGCUCCCCCUCGCCCAAAGCUUCCCUUGUUAUCUCCACACAUGUUAGAUCCAAUGACUGAUUGUCCUACUCUCAGUGCAAAAGAACUGGAACAUUUAACGGUCCUGCAGAUCAACUUGGACGCAGCACAAAGUCUGGAGAGCUCCACACGCCCUCCACAUGGUCACAAGGAAUUAGCCGAGGAGCUGCGGAAGCUGCGUCUUACCAGUCGUUUUUGGGAAAUCUGCAAACUCAAAGCAGGACAGAGUAAUGUAGAGCACCUGAUAUUUAAGAUUCGGAAUGGAACCCGCCGGUCCAAGACGGCGCAGAUAGAUGAGGAGAUGAAGACUGAAGCACUGCGGGAAUACUGUCGCAAUGUGUGUGUCAACUGGUCCCCAUGCGGCCUGGUCAUCCAUCCUCAUGCUCCCUGGCUGGGGUCGCAGCCUGAUGGGUUGGUGUAUGACCCCAAGGAGAAGCCCAAAUUCGGGCUGGUGCAUGUCAAAGUCAUCCAGUCCAGGAGCUUCAUCGACGGCAAUUUCCUGGUCUGCAACUACGGAGUCCUGCAGCUGAAGAAGACCCACUCUCUGUAUUGGCAGAUCCAAGGAGAGAUGAUGGUAGCAGGCAUGUCGUGGUGUGAUCUGCUGGCGGUCUCCAAUGAAGACAUACUGGUUCAACGCAUCUACAGAGACAAGGCCAUCAUUAACAUCAUGAAGAAGAAGUUGAACGACUUCUUCUUCUAUUACUACUUGCCAAGUCUGUUAUAAGCUGAUGUCACACUGCGUUCAUUCUCAACAUUAUGUUCCCCACGGGGUGAUGGUUGGGAGUUUUUACAGAUUGGACAUGACUUGAAUGUAAUCUUUAAAGAAAACGACCCACAGUACAUUAUUACAAGGAAGUUUCUUCUUUUGAUCAUCUGUAAGUUCUCAUUGCAGCUCGAGAUGUGUGUUUGGUGAGUCUUAUUUCCUCUAACCUUGAAAUGAGAGAUGAGUCAUUAUAUUAAAUGCUUUUCAAAGUUUAAUAAAAUGUUCUAUUGGCCAUGUUUACCUACCAUUCUAUACUCCUGUCACCUGUUAUAAGGCUGCUAGUGAUGUGAAGAAUAUUUCUAUAACAGAUUAAUCUACUUAUCACUUAUUCAUUCAUUUGAUUAAUGAUUUAGUCCAUGUGAUGUCAGAUGAAAGUAAAACAAAUCUGCCUCAAUUUGAAGAGUUCAAGCCCUAUUUUAUGUCUGAUUGGAUUUUUGAAGAAACAGAAAUAUCCUCAUUUGAUCCGGUUUUAAGGAGAAGAUUUGAAUGUUCAAAAUAAAACGUAUUGUAAAAAAGCACAAAACAAAAUAA